AUGUCGUCGUGGAAAGAGUGUGACAAUCUCAUUGCAAAUAAAUGCGAUGAGACUGCCACACUCAUAAUGAAUAAUAAUGAUUCUAUGACGGUGGGUGGUUAUGAGCAAAUCGUGACUGGGGAUAUUCCUCCAAGUAAUUCGCCUAAAACUAAACGAAUAUACAGGCAGAAAAGCAAAGCCGCGGCGGCUGCCGCCGCCGUGGGCUUGCCUAGAAACGCAAUUACUUGCGCUCCUCUCAAUAAAGAGGGCUACUUUUGGAGUCCUAACACAGUGUUUGUGUUAUGUGGGGGGGUUAAUAAUAUGGACCGUGGGAUUCAGAGUGAGACAUCACCGCAGACGAUAGUCGGAAAUGAUGCCGGUAGUGGAAUAUCUACAGGAGUCGAAAAGUCACGUAAAGAAGCGACGUGUGGGGAACAGCGACGACACGAACCGUCAGUGAGAGUGGAAACACAUUUGCAAGAUCUCAAACUAGGAGAACAAUCGUCUUCAUCGCAAGCAUCAGCGAAUACGACGAAUCCAACAGCGCAAAAACAUAAAACCAUUGUCAAAUAUCCAACGACCACGUCCGAGCCAUCUGACAGAGUGGUGUCGGCAGUAAAUGAUACGUCAAAGCAAUGGGAGUACCCGAUAAUCGGCACUCCGACAUCGUUUGGAUUAUCUCCGUACCGCAAACGUAAAAUUCGUGCGGAUAACAAAAAUGCUAAUGACUCCAACAAAGAUCCCAGUCCAAUACCAGUGAUAGAUCUCACAAUGUGA